AGAGAUGUAUCACAGAUUGAAGGCGAGCAUCACCAAAUCCCUCAGAUUUUGUGAGAACAAGCUCUUCAAAUCCUCUGACAACGUCAUUCCACAGGGAAUGGAUGGGUCUCUUUCUAGAUCACUUUGUGUGAAAAGAUUCUAAUGGAUGACGACUCCGAAAGAAAAGGAUGUAUUGAAGCGGAAUUCAUCUAGCCGACAUGUGGCACUUCAGAUUACAUUUAUUUUCGUUGGAGCUUGACCUGUUCGGUACCUGUUUGCUUUGAUCAUGGGUGGAUGGUGAAUGAGUUGUCUGGUCGGUUCUGACACUUUUGGAGAAUGAAGACCAAUCGCAAGUGCAGGGCACUGCUGUCCGUUACUAUGAAUCUUUUAGCGCUCUUUUUCUCAAUAACUGCUUUCAUCACAACAUAUUGGUGCGUGGGCACGCAGCGCGUUCCCAAGCCCAAGUGCACAAAACUUCGCACGCACAACUGCAUCGAUUACGGAAUAAACGAGACUGACCCAAAAGUGGUGGUGUACAGUUGGGAAACGGGGGACGACCGGUUUCUCUUCAGACAAUUCCACACAGGAAUCUGGUUUUCCUGUGAGGAGAACAUCCACGAUGAAGGUGAGAAAUGCAGGAGUUUCAUCGACCUGGCACCUGCUUCAGAGAGAGGAGUCCUGUGGCUGUCAGUGGUCUCUGAGAUGCUGUACAUUUUCCUAUUGAUUGUGGGUUUCAGCCUCAUGUGUCUGGAACUCGCCCACUCCAGCACCAGCAAUGUGAUCGAUGGACUAAAACUUAACGCCUUCGCUGCUAUUUUCACUGUCCUGUCAGGUCUUCUAGGAAUGGUGGCCCACAUGAUGUACACACAGGUGUUCCAGGUCACCGUGAGUCUCGGCCCUGCAGAUUGGAGGCCCUAUAACUGGGACUACGGUUGGUCCUUCUGCAUGGCCUGGGCGUCCUUCACCUGCUGCAUGGGCGCGUCUGUCACCACCCUGAACUCCUACACGAAAACUGUAAUUGAGUUCCGGCACAAACGCAAAACCUUUGAGCAGAACCUCCGCGAGGAGCAGGCACGGGAAGCUUUCGGAUACUACAGGGAUCACUCCCUUUGCUCCCUACACUCCAUCACUAACACCGUGGAGGUUUACACGCAGACCCCGUACAGCAGCGGUACUAGGACUCCGUUACCGGCAGCGUCACUGGACAUGAGGGAGAUACCAGACACACUAGGAGAAGAGCAGUGCUGAGUCGCGGGAUCCAGAUGUGGUUCACAUUCGCGGCUAUGAGGCCAUUUCCGAGAGUGUCUGGUGGCGCUGACGUUAUUUCGACAUGAUUUCGACUUGUUUUGUCUGCUCGCUGCUGUCCAAUUGUGGUCUGUGGUGCUACGUCUUUGGGCAUUUCACGUCGUCUCUGUUCCAUCUUAUUCAAAUAGACACCGCCUUAAUUGAUACACUUCCUUUGCAGUGUUUGCAUCGGAAGUCACGGAAAAGCGACCCUGUAAACAUUUGUCAUACUUCUAGAUAAUACAUCCUUACAUAUAAAUAAAACAUCACAUGAAUAUUUAUUAUUAAUGUGAGAUGUGAUAUAUGUGAGUUGGGGAGUAACUGAUUACAAGUAAUCCGUUACAUGUAUCGGUUUAUUAAAAACUGUACCUCUAAUCCGUUACAUUACCAACUAAAAUAUUGUAAUCGGAUACUUUUGAAAAAAAUAUAUUUUACUUUUGGAUUCAUUCAAUUGAAAAAGAAUAGUUGCGCGAAAAUAGUUAAUGACAUGUUGCAUGUUUGAUUUUUAUAUAAUGUUUUAAAAACAUUGCGUGCCUCAGUUGUUGGCUGUGAUCAUCAUGCUCAACGUUUGUCGUGCAUAACCGGAUUAGCGAUGAAGCGCUGGUUUAAUUGGUAAAAACAGAGUGUAUCUAUGAUAAUAUAAGCCUACCCAUAUAAAAUGUGAUUUAAUUAUCCACUAGACACAUCUUUCUCAGAACAAUGAUUGGCGAUAGGCCUGCCUGGUGUAAUACAUUUGUCAAGUUUCAAGGUCUAUUUGUCAAACGCACCCAACAACACAGCCAGGAAGAGUUGCACUGAACAACUCAGACAGGAAUUGUUUCCAGGAUUAGGCAACUAUUUUUUAAUAGGUGUAACAUGGAGCUACCUUCAAGAUAAAACAUUAUAAGGAAUUUAUCACAACAUUUCAGGAGAAAAUGUGUUGGGAAGCACUUUGCCAAAGGAUGAUGAUUUGCAUUUGAAGCAGCCACCUCAACUCCGUCCAUAUGGUAGGCCAUGUGAUCCUGCUUUUGCUCUGCAUCUCAGAAAAUAAUUGGCUGCUGGCCACACUGAAUUUAAGGUGAGAGUGCAGGUGUAUAAUCAAAGUUUAUUUCUUUCAUUUGCAUUUUGAAAAUCCAUCACUGGUGGCCCUAAUAAUCGCAGGUUACAUUCACACGGGUAAAAUGUAUUUGUGUGCAGUUCACAAUUGCAAACGUGCAUUCGCGUGCCUGGGGCUUUUGCAACCUUUCGACAACGUUUGUGGUUGUGGAGAAAAACAUCAGACUACUGCAGAUUUAGUGUACGCAAAUUUUAUAUAUAAAAUUACCUGGUUAAUUGUAGGAAUAUUUAUAUGAUGGUUUAUGCGCUAUAAAAGCCUUACUGCUGAAUUAGGAAGGGUGACAGCUUUUAACUCAUAAGAAUGCACAGUAAAAAAAGACAGGUAUCUGAAAGUGCUUCCUGUGCCUAACACAGACCUAUACACGUGUAAAUAAAUAGUUCACAGGAUAAUGGUUUUGAUCUGUUGUGAAAUGCGUAUUAUUUUUUAUCUUGAAUGUGCUCAUAUUGUUUGCUAUGGCUCAAUAGUAUAUUUACCGGACAUUAAUGUCAGUGUAAAGCAACUAAACCCAAACUGACCACCCAAUGUUACUUGAGUAUUAUGGGCUGACACACUUCACUAUCAUACAGUAUAUUUAUAAGUAUCCAUAUUGGGAUAUGCAGUUCUGAAAGACAUCUUUCAAUAACCAGAUGAUGUUGUCUUCCAUAGCAAGCACAGAAAGUUUACAUUUGUGAAUUUGUUUGCUGUAGUUUCAUUAAAUUAUAUGUUUCUUUCUGCUUUGCUAAGAGAAAAGUAAAUUACUUGAAGUAAAAUGUCAACAUCAACACAAUUUAAUAUAUAUGUUCUUAACUGACUUGUCUAGUAAAAUAAUGGAAAAAUAAGAUUCCAGUAAAUAAAAUAAAAAAAUAAAUGUGUGCUCAAUCAGACCGUUCACUCCUUAACCCUCAGGAUC